CUCUGUUCUCGCUCAUUUAUUUUCUAUCUCACACAACCAUGGCCGACAAUCAUCGGUGAUCAGCGAUCAGUAACCAGUCGCAGCUCAGCUCAAGCUUAAUUGUGCGGCGUCAUCAUGAAAUCGUGUGCAGCUAUGCACGGAAUUAUUUCUCUUAUUUUGCUUUUGCUGCUCCCGUACGCGAUGGGCCAGAGCCCGCCGAGCCCGGAUCCGUAUCCGUACGUCAAGUUCUCGCCCUCGAUGGCGAUAAUCAUCGUCGUUCUCAUUGCAGCUCUGUUUUUCAUGGGAUUCUUCUCUAUUUACAUCCGACAGUGCUCGGACACGCGCAACGGUACCGGAAUUGUGCGGCCUGUCACUGGAAGGUCGCGUAGGGCGGCGCGUGGGCUGGAUCCGGCGGUGAUCGAGAACCUUCCGACAUUUCCUUACUCCGAAGUGAAGGAGCUCAAGAUCGGGAAAGGAGCGCUAGAAUGCGCGGUGUGUUUGAUGGAGUUCGAAGACGACGAAACGCUGCGUUUGAUCCCCAAGUGCGACCACGUGUUCCACCAUGACUGUAUAGAUGCUUGGUUGGUCUCUCACACCACUUGUCCUGUUUGCCGCGCCAAUUUGGUUCCGGAACCGAGUGAGUCAACGCCUGAUUUACCCGAGUCAGAUUCGGAGUCAGACAUCGAAGCCCAAAACGACGCAGUUCCAGCGGAGCUGGACAGAGACGAGACACUGUUGGUGCAAAAACGACCACCGGAACCUGAAUUGAUGAAUGUGAAUCAAACUUUGAACAGGAACCGUACACGUGGAUCGAGAUCUGGUAGACCGCUUAAAUUCCCCAGGUCUCACUCGACCGGGCAUUCAUUGGUUCAACCUGGAGAAAACAUGGACCGGUUCACUCUGAAACUGCCGGCUGAUGUAAGGAAGCAGAUAAUGAAUCGCCGGCUAAACCGGGCUACGAGUCUGCUUCUGUUGCCGAGGGAAGGAAGUACGAGGAAAGGCUAUCGAAGCGGGAGUAGCAAAGGGAAAAACUUAGCGCGAUUCGAUCGGCUGGAUUCGAGAGCCAAGUCGGACCGGUGGGUGUUUAGCAUGGCACCUCCAUUUCUUACGAGAGCAUCUUCGAUCAGGUCGCAGACAAUGGCCGCUAACGGGGAGGGACCUUCGAGGCGGCUGCCGGAAAAAGAAGCGCCACUUGCUGAAACGAGCCGGCCUCCGGUUUAAGGCCAAUUUAUUUAUUUAUUUUUUUAAAUAACUUUACACGGUUUUUUAAUAUCUUCAUAUAAGUAUAUAACAGUAUGCUCCGGUCAAGUCUGUGUAUACUGUAUAAUUUUUUUUAAUUUAAUUUUGCGACUUUUGAAUAUUGAUUUGACCAUUUGGGUCAUGUGCUACUAAUGGCAACAUUAUUGCUGUUAAAUUCCAUGGAUUAAAAUUAAAGACUUUGUGAAAUUAGGCAGAA